GAGAGAGAGAGAGAGAGGAGGCGAGAGUGAUUGAAUCGGCGAAGCCUUUCCCGGCGGCGGCCAUGUCGACGGCGGCCGCUGAUCCCGCCGCGGCGGCGGAUGCGGCGGUCACGAGGAAGGAGAGGCGGAGGGAGCGGAAGAAGGAGCGGCGGCGCCGGGCGCGGAGGGAGGCCGCGGAGGCCGCUCGGAAGGCGGCUGAGGCGCUCGCGGCCGACCCGGAGGAGGAGCGCCGCCUCCGGGAGCUCGAGGAGGCCGAGGCCGACGCGUCCGAGCGCGCGCGGCGAGCCUUCGAGGACGCGGAGCGCCGGUGGCUGGAGGCCGCCGCCGCGCGCGCCGCGGAGAAGGCCGCGGCUGCGAGAGAGGAGUCGACGGCUCCGGAGGAUUCCUCCCGCGAGUAUAAAGAUGACCAUGGAAAUGGAACCGAGGAGGAUGACGAAUGGGAAUAUGUUGAAGAUGGACCAGCAGAGAUCAUAUGGGAAGGAAAUGAAAUCACUGUGAAGAAGAAAAUGGUCAAAGUACCAAAGAAAGCCAAGGAAAACCAGCCAAUUCAACAGGAAGAUAGACCUACAUCAAAUCCACUCCCACCGCAGUCUGUAGCUUUUGCUUCGCAGAGGAUGGAACCUUCCUUGUCAGCUCAAGAAGUACUUGAGAAAGUUGCUCAAGAGACUCCAAAUUUUGGAACAGAACAGGAUAAGGCACAUUGCCCAUUUCACCUCAAGACAGGGGCUUGCCGCUUUGGAGUGCGUUGCAGCAGAGUUCAUUUUUAUCCUGAUAAAUCAUGCACUCUGCUCAUGAGAAACAUGUAUAGUGGUCCAGGCCUUGCUUUGGAGCAAGAUGAAGGGCUUGAGUGUACAGAUGAAGAGAUUGAACAGAGCUAUGAAGAAUUUUAUGAAGAUGUGCACACAGAAUUUCUGAAAUUUGGUGAACUUGUGAACUUUAAGGUGUGUCGAAAUGGAUCACUCCAUCUUCGAGGAAAUGUUUAUGUGCAUUAUAAAUCAUUGGAUUCAGCUCUUAUUGCCUACAGCAGCAUGAAUGGACGGUAUUUUGCUGGGAAGCAGAUAACAUGUGAAUUUGUUGCUGUGACAAGAUGGAAGGUUGCCAUAUGUGGUGAAUACAUGAGGUCAAGAUUCAAGACAUGUUCACGUGGAAUCGCUUGUAAUUUUAUUCAUUGCUUUCGCAACCCUGGAGGAGAUUAUGAGUGGGCUGAUUGGGAUAAUCCUCCUCCUAGAUACUGGAUUAGGAAGAUGGCUGCUCUUUUUGGUCCCUCGGAUGAUUCUAUCUAUGGCAAGCCAAGCGACACCCCACAUUUAGAGCGCUCACAGAGUUCAGACAGGAGGAGACCGAGAAGUUCUGAUCCUAGGUACACACCAAGCAGAACAAGGGAUGAAGAUGCACAUAAACAGCACUCGUCCAGAGAUUAUUCACAUUCGAAGCAUGAACGCAGCAGCCAUACUGAGCACAGACGAGACAGAAAAGAAUCAUCUGCAUCAGAUAAGCACCGACAUCGAGAGAUUAAAGAUAAGACCAGCAAAUACUCCUCUAACAUGGAAAGUGAAAGAGAGUCCCACAAGUACAUGCGUGAAGAAAAACAUAGGAUUGACCAUGGAAAUGGAGGUAAAGGAGACCAUGGUAAAGUUAGGUCGAGGAAGAACAGAUCUGAACGCCAAGAAAGUUUGGAGCCUGGAUCUUCUGGCCGGUCUUCGGACUUCAUCGAUCAAGACACCACCGAGAGUCCUUCAGGCAGCAAGUCCACUGGCAGGCAUCACAAGAAGACCAGGAGGCAAUCCUUAGAAGAGCACAGCACCAGAAGGAGCUCAAGGCAUCGGGACAUGGAAGAUGAUGGAAGAGGACAGUCUGUAGCUGUAAAACGCAAGGAUCACCAUGAUACAUCGGAUGAUAGAUGGGUAGCAACAAACAGUGAUGUUGAUUCAGACUUGGAGACUCAAUACCAGAGGUCAAGUAGUGAAGGCAGCAAGCUGGGAAUGAAAUAUCAUGCUCGAUCAGAUUCAGAAACUGGGUACGGAAGGUCAAGAAGUGGAACAACCAAGAGCCGUAGGGAAAGGAAGCGUCAGAGUGGAAACGGUGAGCGCAGCGACACUUUAGAGGUUACUUCAGAUUCAGACACCAGAGAUAUGAGCUCUGAUGCAUGGAGGAGCCGAUCGAGAAGCAGUGACGAGAAUCUCUCAACGCACAGGUCAAGGAGAAAAAGAAGUCGCAGUAGUCAUGAUUCCUGAUGCCAUUGGCACGAUUUCUUCGAAGCUUCUCAUCAUCUGAACACUACAGUUGCCAACUUUGGUUUGUGGAUUAUUUAGCUAGCUUAUGUAAUAGCAUGUUGCAAGGCCAAAUAUAUUUUUGGUUCGUCUUUUACCUAAGAAGAGUAAUUUUUCUCUUCCCUUCGCUGAUGAGAAGUACCUUUUGUUUCUUGGUUUUUUGAGAUGGCUCCCUCGAUGCGUUAGAAUAGCAUUUAAAACUGUAAUAUCUAUAUGAAAGCAUGUAUUGAAUUAACCAUAGCACUA